UUUCGUUCGAAUCAAAGCGAUUCUGCUUUGGCUAUUAUGGUGAAUACGCAAACCCGUCGUGUAACCAACUGGGACUCAUAAUUAACUCGAUCGGCGCAAAGGGACUUUAUUAAUUACGUCUGAUUGCUUGUAAGAGCGGUUUAGGAUGCACAGCAGUGACCACACUGCUGCUCUCGGUCACCAACGCAAACUCUUGCGCACCCCCUGGUGCUUGCCAGUCUUCAAAACUUCUUUGUGUUGCCUGCUUUGCAGAUUGUCUGCCUUGUCUCUCUGUGGUUGCUCAUUAUUCAGAGACAGACGGAUCUCAGGUCAUCUGCAGCUGCAGCAUAAGAGAAGCAGGGAAGAUGGCGAUCACCCACUGAACCAGGCAUACGCACGAGACAUAACAACUUUUACUAAGAUCGUAUUCACUGGACGAAACCCUACUUCUGGGAUACUCCUCAGUGAUGGAGGUGCUUCAGUGUGAUGGCUGUGACUUCCGUGCGGAGUCCUGUGAUGAUCUAAAAACGCACAUCCAGGAUGUCCAUACGUCUGUCCUGCAGGGUGUCCAUACAUCUGUCCUGCUGGGUGUCCAUACGUCUGUCCUGCAGGGUGUCCAUACGUCUGUCCUGCAGGGUGUCCAUACGGACUUCCAGCAGCCCACAGUGGGUGGAGAGCAGGCCCACCCGUGGUCCAGCUCCACCUCACUCAACUCCCUCAGCCAGGCUGAGGAGGAGGAAGACCCGGCUGCUCGGAAUGAAGAUGAAUCACCAAAUGAGCAAACUGGGAUUCAUUCCUUUGACAUGGACAGUGGAGAUGUGUCCAGCUCUAACCAAAUGAUCAGCAACCAAUCAAUGAAACAAUCUUCUAAGUCGGCCAGUCAGUUUUUCCAGUGCAAAUUUUGUAUCCGUUACUUCAGAUCAAAACCUCUCCUCUAUGAACACACCAGGAAAGUACAUGGCAUUAUAGAAGGUGCUUUGCUCAGUGAAAGGAAGUCACUACCUCCACAGGCUUCUGAGGAAUGCAGUUACAGCAUCCUCAUGCAGGAUGGAUUUGAAAAGGUGUUUUCCUGCCAGUAUUGCACAUAUAAAUCUCCACGAAGAGCCAGAAUUCUGAAACACCAAAAGAUUUACCACAAGAGCAACUUGCUAGAAUCUCCAGGGUCUCCAUCAGAGUCUAGCAUAGUGUCCUCUUCCGUAAUACAUCCCUCUCAGGAACCCUACUGUGAUCUGCCAGAAGAAGUGAGGCAGCGGAGUAUCUUAGAAUCAAUGGUUAAACCUCUGACUAAAUCCAGGGGAAACUUCUCAUGUGAGUGGUGCAGCUACCAAACUGUUAGACGUGAGCGCUGGUGUGAUCACAUGAUGAAAAAGCAUCGCAGCAUGGUGAAGAUCAUUUCAUCAUUCAAGCAGUUGCAGGAUGAAGGGGGUGAGGAGGCUUCCUCUAAACGCGACUCUCCUUCCUCACCUAGGAGUCUUCCCAGCUCCAACUUGAUAUUGAAGAAUUCGAGCAGCACUGAAUAUUCCUCAUCUUACAUAUCAGGCUACACAGAAUCUGCUGGCAGCACAAUUUUUAGGUACACUUCUGAACCAGUGCAUAAGUCUCAGCCAUAUUCACAAGUGAAAUCAAAUAUGUCAAACAGUACAGAAUCCUCAGUUUUGUCUGAAAGAGGAGACUUUGAAAAGGCAGAUUCAGGCAUGGAUUUGGAGAUAAAUGAUUCUAGAAGUAGCUCAGAUGAUGAACUAGAGGUUCUUAAUGUCAAUGAAGGUUCCACUAAGCAGCAGCUGUCUGAAGAAGAUAACAAAAUGCUAGAAAAAGAAGGAAUACCAUUUAGGAAGUACAUGAACAGGUUCCAAUGCCCUUUUUGUUCUUUUCUUACCACACAUCGUCAAAGUAUCUCCCGUCACAUUGAGAACAUCCAUCUCUCUGGCAAGACGACUGUAUACAAAUGUGAUGAGUGCCAUUUCCUUUGCACCAGUCAGCUCAGGUUAGCUGCUCAUAAGAAGUGUCACAUGGAGACUUCCUCAGAGUGGGAACCUGGGGACAUACAAAAUGAAAACCCGGCAGGUCAGAGUGAGGAGCCGAUGAAUGGAGUCAAUGGCAGUGGCAAAGUUAUUGAUAAAAAGUCCAGAACAUCAGCUGAGCUCAGUGAACAGAAUCCUUACUGCUGCACACUCUGCAGCUUUUCCACAACCUCACUGAAAGAUCUGCGUGAUCACCAACAACAGAAGCAUACCUGCUGCCAAGAGGUGAAAGUAACUGCUGUUGAAGAAUCAUCUACUGAGCAACAUGACUCUGAGCUAGAAACAUACAGUCCUUCCAACUAUCUACAAAAAACUAAAAUGUCAAUUCUUGGGUUUUCUUCCAAAAAAGCAGUCAAAACAGCUAGAAAGUCUAUCAAUGAUGUACCUCUGGAUCUGUCUCCGCUUAAAAAGAGAACAAGAAUAGAUGAAAUUGCCACCAACCUGCAGACGAAGAUCAGUCAAAGCAAACAGCAGGUGGACACAAUGAUAAAUCUGGAAGACGUUGAUGAUGUGGAGGAAGUGAAUGGAAGUUGUGUUGAGAUGGGAGAAGCUGGGCAAGAUGAAUGGCAGCUGAGGAAGCCUAGCGGGUUCCACAGGCAGCGCGUCCAUUUGAGAGAGCUGGAGGAUCCUGAAGAGGGCAUUAUAGGGAAGGAAAAGCACACCCCUCAGCAAAAAUUUAGCCCCAGUAAUGUUCCCAUCCAGCCAACUUCGGACAGUGAAGAAAAUGUAGAUGAGUAUUGUGUUUCUGCUGAAUCUAAAGGUCUGCAAGAUCAAACUGACCAGGACAGCCAAGACGAUUUUCAAGAGGGGCCUGGGACACUUUUUUACUGCAAGCACUGUGAAUACCAUAACAAGUCAGCCCGUAGUGUGAGUACACAUUAUCAGAGAAUGCACCCCUACAUAAAGUUUAGCUUUAGAUACAUCUUAGAUCCAGAGGAUCAGAGUGCUGUCUUCCGUUGCUUGGAGUGUUAUGUUGAAUAUACAACCUUUGAUGACCUUAAUCAGCACUACGGGGAGCAUCACCCUGAAGCCAUUAAUGUCCUAAACUUAAAUCAGCCUGAUUUGGUGUACAAGUGCCGUUUCUGUCUAUACACCAGUCCAAAUGUUCGUAGCUUGAUGCCUCAUUACCAAAGAAUGCACCCAACAGUUAAAAUAAACAAUGCAAUGAUAUUUUCUAGUUAUAUCGUUGAACAGCCUGAAAAAGAACUGUCUGAGUCCCAAACAUUGAGGGAAAUUUUAAACUCUGGUCCGAAUAAUUUUGCCUAUUCCACUUCUACACCCAGAUCCUCAGCACAGUCUAGUCCUGUUCAUAGUAAAACACCGGAAUCAUGCCAGGAACAUGCUGUUCUUAAAGAAUCCAUGUUCAACAAUGUUGUAGUCUAUGACUGUGACAUCUGCUCCUUUUCCAGUCCAAACAUGCAUUCUGUCCUGGUUCACUAUCAGAAAUCACACCCACAGCAAAAAGCCUCUUACAUACGCAUCCAAAAAUCCAUGAGGGAAGUUGAUAAAUGUCAGACUUCAGGUACUACAACAUGUGACAGUAACACACAUAGUGCUCCAAAAAUAUCUAAUGCAAGUCCAUUGGGAAUAGGUGAUGAAAUGUAUCACUGCAAACAUUGUGUAUAUAGCAACCGGUCAGUGGUUGGUGUGCUUGUUCAUUAUCAAAAGAGGCAUCCGGAAGUAAAGGUGACUGCUAAAUAUAUCAAACAUGCACCUCCUACCCCUGGUGUACUGAAAUUAAUGGAAGACUUACAGCUUGUACUGCCAAAGCAGUUUUUAAAACCAUUCAACAACAAAGUAAUAGAUUCCUCCAGCUCAUCCGUCUCUAGGUCUGGUGGAGGCAAGGAAGAGGUAGAGAUGCUGUUUUUCUGUCAGCACUGUGACUAUGGAAAUCGCACAGUGAAAGGGGUCUUGAUUCAUUGUCAGAAAAAGCACAGGGAUGUAAAGGCAAAUGCUGAUUUGGUUCGCAGACACACUGCUGUGGUCCGUAGCCAACGAGAGAAAGCUCCGCUGACCCGUUCUGGCAGUGCGUCCAUCACCUCCUGUGCUCCUGAUUUAGAGAAAAUGAGGCCCCUUCGAUCGCUGAGGUGUCGGCUCUGCCCUUACACUUCUCCGUAUGUUUAUGCUUUGAGAAAGCACCUGAAGAAGGAUCAUCCCACCUUGAAGGCCGCAGCCAUAACCAUUUUACAGUGGGCUUAUCAAGACGGCGUACUGCAGGCAGGCUAUCACUGUGAAUGGUGCAUCUAUUCCCAUUCAGAACCAAAUGGAUUGCUCAUGCAUUACCAAAGACGUCACCCUGAGCACAAUGUUGACUAUGCGUACAUGGCCGCCAAACUGUGGGCAGGUCCUGACAGCCCUGCCUCACCACCACAGGGAAGCUCAGACACCAAGCGCUACCAAUGCAGAAACUGUGACUUUGAGGCUAGCUCUGUCUGGGACAUCACAAACCACUACCACGCUGUUCACCCCUGGGCCAUCAAAGCAGAUGAGUCCAUACUCCUGGAUAUCAUCAAAGGUAGCCAAUCAUCAGGAACGACGCAAACUCAAGUGUCUGAAGUUCAUGUUGCUUUGUCCAACCAGUUUGAUAGUUACGCCUGUAAGCACAGUGCAGAGACAUUAGAUGUAGGACCUCCUCCAGAAACAGUCACUCGUCUUUCCUUUGCUAGUACCUCUAUUUCAUAUAAUCCGUUUAAGUGUAAUGUGUGUUAUUCUGAAUAUAACAGCCUUCAUGGUCUCCUGACUCAUUAUGGGAAGAAACAUCCAGGCAUGAAAGUCAAAGCUGUUGAUUUUGCGCAAGAAACUGACCCAGGUUCCGUUUACAAGUGUCGGCACUGCCCUUAUGCGAACUCUCGUAUUCACGGAGUUCUAACACACUACCAGAAAAAGCAUCCAUUGAUCAAAGUCACUGCUGAAGACUUUGCAGAUGAUAUUGAACAAAUGAUUAACAAUAAUGAAGCUGAAGAGAAAGGCAAAACGCAGAGACAGGGAUAUGGUGCCUACAGGUGCAAAAUAUGCCCAUACACUCAUGGAACAUUGGAAAAGUUGAAAAUUCAUUAUGAGAAAUAUCACAAUCACCCAGAAUGGGAAGAAUUCAAGUCUUCAAGCGUGCAGUUUUCUGACAGUAAAGAGGAAAGGCUGCCAGAAUGUAGCUCCAUGAGUGUAGAAGAAGUGAAUGACUUUCAGUCCGCACUUGCUCAAUUCCCCAUUAUCAAGGGUGAAAAACAUGCUGUAUUUAGAUGUCAGCUUUGCAAAUACUUCUGCUCUACCAGGAAGGGAAUAGCUCGCCACUACCGCAUUAAGCAUAACAGUGCUCGAGCGCAACCUGAGGGAACAAACAGCGUUUUUAAGUGUGCCCUCUGUUCCUAUACAAAUACUUUACGCAAAGGGCUGGCGGCCCACUACCAGAAGCGCCAUGACAUCGAUGCGUACUACACUCAUUGCUUGGCAGCCUCCAAAGCUCUUUGUGAGAAGCCAAGCGAGGCCAUUGCUCCUGAGACCUCCCGAGGAGAAGGCCCUUCACUGAGUGAGGAGAUCAGACUUCCUGUAGAAAGGAGGAAGUGUUCUCUGUGUUCCUUCCAGACCUUCAGCCAGAAGAGCAUAAUUUCCCAUUAUAAUAAGCACCACCCUGGGGUGUUUCCCAAGAGGCAGCACCCCAGCAAGCUUGGGUGCUAUUUCACCAUGGUCUACACCAAAGAGCCCGAACACCUGACAGAUGCUGAAGAGAACAAACAGAUAGAGUGUCCUGAGAAAGAGAAAGUGAAUGUGGCGGAAUGGCUGCCAUUCAAAUGUGUUAAAUGCUUUAAGCUGUCCUUCAACACUGCGGAGUUGCUCUGCAUGCACUAUAAUGACUAUCACAGCAAGCACUUCAAGCGAGACUUCACUACAUUUCCAAGCCCUGCUCAGGAUCACAUGGACUGUUACAAGUGUGCCCAAUGUGACACUGAUCUUAUGGACCUGCCAGAACUCAGCGCCCACCUGACCAAUCACAACAAAGAAUUCUGGAAGCAAGCAAAUCAGCAGGAGAGGAGGGAGCAAGAGGAGGGGACAGAACAGCUGGAGAGUAACACUGAGAAGCUGGGCAACCACACAAAUGAAGGGUCAGUUGGCUACAGGUGUAACUUCUGUAUGGAGGUGCACUCGACUCUGAGGGCAAUCUGCAGCCACCUGAGGACACACGUCCCCGAUGGAGAGAUCCAGGCGGGGCGUGUGAAGCAGGAAGUCGCAGAAGGUCCCGUUUCUGGCCCAGCUGAGGUGGUUAAUGGGGACUUGCCGGAGGUGGAGACUUUGGCAUCAGGGUUGAGGUCACUUCUCUCCCAGGCAGCUGUUCCCCGGGGGCGUGUGGAUGUGCAGAGGGGGCGUGUGGACGGAGGGGUGAUGAAGCCAGCGGGGGGUCACCCCUGCAGCCAGUGCGACCGUGUGCUCGUGUCCAAGCAGGGUCUUCGGUCUCACGAGAGGAGCCACUCCUCUACCCUCUCCCCCCAGGGCCGGCACAGCUGCCUGUUCUGCCACUUCACUUCUCCCUUCAGGCACACCCUGGACCGACAUGUUCAGGCUCAGCACGGCCUCCACAAGCCUUUCCAGUGCCAGCUGUGCUCCUUCCAGUCUGCUUCCCUGAGCCCGCUCAGAAACCACCUACAGAAAGCACAUGCCGGAGGAAACACAUACAGGUGCCUGUCCUGCCCCUUCUCCACCCUGACCAUCAGCCAACUGAAGAGCCAUUCCCUGGAGGCCCACCAGGAGGAGCUCACACUCCCAGACCUCCGGGCUGCCUCACAGACGGCCCCUCUUUCCCAGAGCGUGACCCUGGACUGUGAGAAGAGCCUCACUGUGCUGGAAUCUGAGGAAUCUGAGCCACCGGACAUCCAGCUUGAUCACUACCAGCUGGGGGCUUGCACUGGUGCUUCCAUCAGCCCCCCCACUCCCAGCAGACCCCCCACCCCCAGAAGCCCCCCCGCCCCCAGUAGCCUCCCUGCCCCGCCCGAGGCCGAGCCGCGCCCUGGGGGCGUGCUCAGCUGCCAGCUGUGUGACUUCAGGUCAGGCUACAUACAGAGCCUGCGCAGACACUACCGAGAUCGCCAUGGCGGCAGGAAGCUCUUCAAGUGCAAGGACUGCCCUUUUUUCACCUGUUACAGGCCAGCCUUCAGCCUGCAUGUGGGGGCGGGGCACCCCAGCGUCCCUGAGGAGAACCCCAAAGACCUGCGCUGCCCCCUCUGCCUGUACCACACCAAAUACAAGGGCAGUAUGAUCGACCACAUCGUCCUGCACCGGGAGGAACGCGUGGUGCCCCUGGAGGUACGCCGCUCCAAGCUGUCCCGCCACCUGCAGGGCGUGGUGUUCCGCUGCCACAGGUGCACCUUCACCUGUUCCCGUGACGACACGCUGCAGCUCCACGCCCGCAAACACCACGAGCUCAAGCCUUACAAGUGCGAGCUCUGCUUCUACGACAGCAAGCGGUGCCAAGACCUGGAGACACACCUGAGCAGUGAGCACAAGGUGAUGCGGAACUUUGAGCUGGUAGGCCGGGUCAAUCUAGACCAGCUGGAGGCCUCCAAGGGUCAGCCGGUAAGUCUAAGCUCUGCUGAAGACGAAGAGGAGGAGGAGGAUCAUGAGGAAGCUAAGAAAGAAAAACAGGAAGAGGAGCUGUCUGAGCAAAAAGAACCCCCGGGGUCUCCAUGCAGCCGGGCGUCAGCAUGCAGCGAGAAGCCUUUUCGCUGUGAGUUCUGUGGUCGCGUCUUUGCCCGCGGGACGGAGUGGGAGCGCCACGUCCUCCGCCAUGGCAUGACUGCAGCCGCCCGGGAGGUGGAGCGCGAGCGAGUGGCUGAUGCUCCGGCACGCUCUGGCGUCUCUCUGGUGGCUGUGCCGGCGGAAGGGGACUUCCUGGGCAGCACCGUAAAGCCGGAGAGCCAGGAUACCCCAGGCCGAGCCAAAAUCGAACCCUUGGACAAGGAUGAGGAAAUGACCAAAAAUUAUACCUCAGACAUGGCUGAGCACUGCAGAAAGACAAACAACUCACUGUAGGCCUCUUUAAAUGUACAAUGAAACUAAGAAAUCAUCUCAAACCAACAAAGCUGGAACAUCUGUUUUAGGCAUUGAAUGAUAAUCCCUGGUGCAUCCCACACAUACUUUUAUUAUUUUCAUUUUUGGAGUGCUGAAUCUUGGAAUGAUUUGGUCCCCUGGAACAGAUGUUAAUAUAUUUGUAGCCAAUAGUGAACAGUGCUGCAAUGCCCUUGUUCAAGUCAAACCUUCAGUCUGUUAUUACAGUAGGAAAGAGGAGUUUGUGGAGAUCCCAUCCACUUAGAUAAUAAAGUAUUUGUAACUGUGUUUUCCUCAAUUUUGUACUUGUCUGUUAACUACAGAAAGGUGUGUAAAUACUGUGUGUAGCCCUUAAUUUCACCAAAUCUUACCUGUGAAGGCAAGGGAUUAGGACUGGGCGAUGUCUAAUCUUCAGUAUUAUUUUCGCUAUCAUACUUGGAUACACCAAAACAUGUCAGUGAUCUGACCCAAAUGAUUAGUAGGUUUCAUACGAUUUUAUCGGUUUGGUUUUAAAUUUGUGUUUGUGUUUCCUUGAGGACUGGUUUCUUCAUGGUUUAUAUACAUAUAGAGGUUUCUCACCUGUUUUUCUGCUGCUUUCGGACACCCCAGUGCUUAUUUACUUUAUAUUAUUAUCCCUAGACUAUGUGUGGUCAGGAAAAGGUAACGGCGCACAAAUUGGGAUGUUUACUCAACAAAAGGAUUGUUCUUUAACUUGCAUAUAAUUAGUCAAAGACAGAAAGCUUUGUCCGUGUAUUAAAUCACCAGAUGAUUGCUCUAAACAGGUUUACAUAAAAUGUCAAGUUCUGAAAAAAAGAAUAUAACAAAGAAUGUAAAGGUCAUACUGGAUACGGUGUGUCCAGACAUCUACUGUACCUCCAGUAAGAAACUGUUGUUUAUUAUUUUGCUGUUUAUUGUACUGACAUGAGAAACUCAAGAACAGUGCACUUUGAUAAAGUGCAGCUGAUACACACUGUAAUUGACAACAGAAUCAGUAGUACUGUGAACUUCCAUGUAAAAUAGUGGGAUUAAAAAUGCAAGUUUGAGGUUUAUUAAUACAAAAAAAACAUUAUUUCUAACCUACAUUGUUUCUAAUUUGACUAAUGAAAGUUAUCUGAGGUUAUAUGUAUUAAAGGUAGCUGCUCAAAUACCCUAAAGCCUUAACAUGAAUUAAUAGCUCUUGUUUUAUCAUUUAGCAGUUGAUUUAAAUAUUUUUUCCCCAAUGUCAGUAGGAUCAAUAAGCAAAAUAAUUAAGAAUUAUCACAAUGAAAACAACCUACUCUGAGCCAUUAUAAACACAGAUAAACUGAUUUUUUAAAAACUGGCUUGGAAGCCCAAACCGGAAAAUAUUUGUCAAAUAUAACUUCUCUUUCAGUUAUUUUCUUAUAAAAAGGAUAAUGCACUGCAUCUAUUCAAAGGUAUUGUAUUGUGUCUGAAUAAGAAAUGCCCUUGUUUGUGUAAAAAAUAAAUGUAAAAAUCAGAGGGCCAAUUGUCAGUUGGUCCCUUAACCUUUUUGCGCCUUUGUUUCCCUAACAAAAGAAAACCCAGCAUUUUUAAACUAAGAACCGAAAAACUGUUUGAGAUAGCACUGCAGCUGUUUUCUUUAAUGUGUAUGUUUCUACAGUUUUGUGUUGAAGUUCUGUCAUAGUUUGUCCCCAUCUGAUGUUUUCUCCUGUGAAAGUAUGAUUCAUAAAGGUGGAUUGUAAUGUUGCUUAGAAUGGUUGUUUACACUUUUAUGUUUUAAAUGUAUUUUUAUUUCUGGAUACAUUGUAUAUAUUGUAAUUCAUCUGUCUUUUUUUACUUGUUGAUAAAGUUAUCUGAUAACAUAA